AUGACGCUGCCCCGCCUCUCUCUCUUGCUCCCGGUGGUGCUCCAGCUGCUGGGAUCGGCCUCGGCGCUCCCAUCUCCCGCUGCUGUCGCCGAUGAGACACCGCUCUGGCUUCGGCAGGCCGACGCCGCCAACAGCACCUCGACCUCGUCGGCGGCCGAAUCCCGCUCGACGCCCGGCUUUGUCAACAACGGCACCAUCGGCAGCUACGACUGCUCGACCUCGGCGUCGUCGUCGUCGCAGGUGUCGUUCAGCACGGUCCCCGGCAGCGGAUGCGUCGAGGCGCAGCCUCCCGUCUACCCGUACAACGCCAUCAACCUGCGCUCCUCGGACGACAGCAUCCGCGCCACGGUGCUCCCCUACGGCUCGGUCGUGUCCGAGCUCUGGGUCAAGGACCGCUACGGCGGCUGGCGCGACGUGGUCCUCGGCUUCGACAACAAGACCAACUACGGCACCGACACCAUCCACCCCAACUUCAGCCCCAUUGUCGGACGGUACGCCAACCGCAUCAAGAACGGCACCUUUGAGGUCGACGGCAAGACGUACAAGGCGCCGCUCAACGAGAACAACCUCGACACCCUGCACGGCGGCGAUAUCGGCUACGACCGCAGCGCCUACCGCGUCGAGGAGGUCAAGGCCGACGAGAUCCUCCUCUCGCACCUCGACCCGGACGGCUUCCAGGGCUUCCCCGGCGAGGUCAAGACGUACACGCGCUACCGCCUGCUGCCGGACGCGACGUGGGAGAUUGAGCUCAACGCGACGGCGUCCAAGCGCACGCCGCUGAUGCUCUCGUCGCACGUCUACUGGAACCUCGAGGCCUACAACGAGUCACAGACGAUCCUCGACCACGUCCUCCACCUGCCCAAGGCCGACAAGUACGUCAAGACCGACACCAUCCUCAUCCCCACGGGCGAGCUGCCGACCGUCGAGGGCACGCCCUACGACUUCCGCACGCCCCACGCCUUCCGCGACAUGUUCAACGAGACGCUCGGCGUGUGCGGCUUCAACUGCACCGGCUGGGACAGCUGCUUUGUCAUGACCGACCCGCCCAAGAAGCGCGAGGCCAAGCAGCAGAGCGUUAUCGAGCUCUCGUCGCUCAAGUCGGGCAUCAAGCUCUCGGUCUCGGCGUCCAACCAGCCCGCCAUCCAGGUCUACACCUGCAGCGGCAUCAACAGCCCAGCCAAGGGCUCCAUCCCGCGCAAGCGCAGCCACGGCGGCGACGGCACCCUCGACAAGGUCUACGACAACUACAGCUGCGUCGUCCUCGAGAUGGAAGACUACAUCGACGGAAUCAACAACCCGCAGUGGGGCCGCGACCAGAUCUACGGCCCGGACAGGCCCUACCACUGGAGGGCCAAGUACAGCUUCUCGAACAUUGACGAGCAGGGCAAGGCCAUGUAG